CCUGCGGCUUCCACGUGCAGAACUUUUCCUCCCGUGAAUAUAUCCACGCGCGCCGGUCACUACGUCACCUGCCCACAAAUCAACAAUAUAUCUACUUGCCCACGCCUCUCUUCUCCCACAGCUUCGAGGUACCCACGCCCUCCUUUCCCUUGCGCCAUCCUUCCAGCUCACCAGCACCCGAAGCACUUCACACCGUCCAAACCAACCACCAACUCUUGCCAUGGCCCCCGAUACUAUGAUCCAAGUCCGCGACUUCGACACCGACAAAAUCGGCUUCGCACUCCCUACAUCGCGCCUAGGCGGCUACGACGAUAUCAUCGAGCGCGCUUACGUUCCUCUGUUCAAGCACCGACGCGUCUUCGAUGCGCAUCUACAUCUGUCGCGGGAGGGCUGCGGCAAGCGGGUCGACAAGCCGCGAUGGGAACGCGGCGAGUACGUCGUUGGAAAGCUGGUGGUCGUUUAUGUGCACUUCGUGAGGAGGGACGGUGUGGACGAUUAUGGGUUUCCGCUGAAGAAAACGGGUGAAGAGGUGGAGGAAGAGGAGGAGAGUGAAGAAGAACUAUCGUCGGAUUCGGACGUCGACCAGACGCCGACGGCAACUGCACAGACUGGCGGAGCAGUGGGCACUGCUAUCAUGUGCCACCCCGCAGAUCUCGAACGCCUUCGCCAUCCUCCAGCUAAUGGUGCCAGCAUGCCAUCAAAGUCAGGAUCGCGUCCAGCUCGUGCCAGUACUCUCACCCAAAGACUUCAGCCACUCCCAUUGAAAAAUGACACCACUAGCAAACGUCCAGCGCAGUCACCUUACAGCACCCACUACUCGUCGUCAUAUGGAAUCACGCCAAAUCCACCAGCACCUAACUCUUCAUCAGCUCGCACUAUCCAGAUUGCCCCACCACCCUCUGGUUCCAAUCUUCAAGCGAGUGAGCAUUCGCAGCGGCCGCGACAGAGCGAGAGCCCAUUGUUCGAGCCAGAGGGGAGCGAUGCGGAGCAGAGAGUUACGGAUCCUGGGCUGCGUGGUUCGGAGAGCCCAUUGUUCGAUGAGGAUGCGUGGGGGUAGGCGUCAGAGAGUAGUGGGCAGCGAGUGGGCUUUUCUUUUCAACUACCUAUUCCUCGCGGCGUAAAACGAGAAAGAAAAGACCUACAGCAAACAUAAUCCUACCUUUCAAGAAUCAAAAAGCGCUAUCUAAUACCCGUCCAGAUAGUAUCCAUACCCGUGACAAGACCUAUAUGCAUGACGCAAUCUACGCAACCUCCUCCUCCCAUCCGCACUCCCCAAAAUCACGUC